GGUUCAAAACCAAGUCAGCAGAAUUCCACGGACUGCUGGAAGGGUGGAAGAGCAGACAAAAAGAGUACGCAAUGCGGCCACCGCUGCCCCCACAGGAGGAGGUGGCAGCAGAAGCGCUGGCCGCAGCUCAAGCAGCUGCUCUGGCAACGGCAGAGGCAGCCCAGGCCGCAGCCCAGGCCGCAGCCCAGGCCGAGGCCCAGGCCGAGGCCCAGCCAAGCCAGGAGGGUCAGGGCGAGGCCCCUCCGCAGCCUGAGGGCAGCGGCCAAGAGCCAAAGGCAGAACCGGAAGCACUGAAGGAGGAAGCACCGAAAGAGGAAGCACCGAAGGAAGAGCCAAAGGUUGAAACUAAACCUCCUGCAGAGGUCGACGUCAUGGCAGUCGAAGAUAUCUACAAUGUCAACGAGAAGCCUUUGUUUAUCCAGUUUGCCUUUGAGGACUGGGUGCUUUUGAACUUGCGUGCGGAGUUGUAUUUGAUGGCCAACGCUUUUCCAAAGGAUGCCGGAGAUGCUGAAAGAGUGGGCAUCCAUGACACAAAUCUGACCUUCUACUAUCAGAAGUACUUCAAGAAACAGUUGGUUCCAAAGCAGUACGGAAUGGAGACCAACACGGAGCUUGUCGAGAAGUUGCUGAAGGACACCAUGUCUUUCAACUCUGAAUUGGUCCUUGAGUCGAAGUACGGGGAGGACCUUGAUUUCAGCCUCCUCGUUAAGCUGACUGAGGCUGCAAGAAGAGACAGGCAAGCCAAGAUCGAUUCAGGUGACGACACUGCUAAGCUCCAUGUGGAGCAUACGACCAUGCCUCCACCACCUCCACAGAUGGGAGGAUACAAAGGUGACUACAAAGGCUACAAAGGAGACAAAGGUGGAUACAAAGGCUACACUCCAGGUUACAGCCAAGGCUACAGCCAAGGCUACGGCCAAGGCUACGGCCAAAGUUAUGGCCAGGGCUUCAAAGGCUACGGAAAAGAUAGCGGCAAAAAGGGCUUUGACAAAGGCAAGAAAGGCGAUAAGGGCUUUGACAAAGGAUUUGGAAAGAGCAACUUUGGCAAGGGCGAUUACAAGGGAGGCUGCAAAAGCUAUUGAGAGCUGGGACGUUUUGUAGAAAGCCCUGAUGAGCUCAGAAUUGAGCUCUGUGAAAUCUGUGAAAUUGAACCAUUAUCAGUAUCUGCGAGUCUUGGUAGAAGCCUGGGUGGCAUCUCAAAGCCCCGGAGAUGGACAAAAGGCCAGCAGGCGAGUGUUGGCGAUGCGC